AUGUCGAACUGGGUCGCUUUGAAUAUUGAACCCGAUGAGGCUGUGGAAGAGGAGGUCGAUGACACCAAAGAAAUCCAGAUCGAAGAAGCUCUCAAGCUCUAUCAAAAUGCGUUGAAGCUUCAUUCUCAAGGGCCUCAGUUUUACCCUCAAGCGGCGGAGGCGUAUGAUGCCCUGCUUAAUUCGGAGAUCUUUAAGUACCCCGAAUCCAUCUCCGACUAUAAAAGGUCCACGCUGCAGGAUUCAGAGCCUCAAUUUACCGGAAUAGGUGAUGUAGCUGCAGCUGCAGCUACUGCAGUUUCCGCGGCAGAGACCCUUGGGGAGUUUGAUAUCAACGAUUCUACUUCCAGUACUUUGCUGCAGACCAUAUACCUGUCCUAUAAGAAUCAUGGGCAAUAUCUGUUGGACUCCUUGCAAGCCUUUCUACAGAGCACUGGUAAAACAUCCGAUGCAGCUCAGGACACAUCUGCGAAAAUCACCGAGUGUUCAAGCGCUGCUCUAGCUUCCUUUGCAGAUGCUCUGGAGCGUGAUGAUACAGACCUCAAUCUCUGGAGACAGAGCGCUAGACUAAGCAGUACCCUGCAGAGUUAUCGGCUGGUCCGAUACUGCUUGGAGAGCGUUCUGGCUGAUGAUGAGAACCGUCUAGAGGUACGAGCAGAGCAACUCGGCUUGGAGGAAACAUUUGCAGAGGAUCGUCUCCGAGAUGCAUUGCAGUCAAUCUAUGAUCGAUUGUCUGUUUCUCAGGUUCCGCUCAAAAAACCAAAGAAAGCUUUGCUCAAAUUCCUUAGACAGCAAACCGACCCUUAUCCCUAUCUUCCGGCUUUGCCUGAAAACCUGGAAAAUGCCGAUUCUACCAAGAACCCACUCGCUCUGCAUACUGCUCCCCAUGUGAUAAAGGCGGCUGAUCCAACAUGGCUUGGUGUUGGUAAAGCGAUUGUUCAGACUCUCGUUGAUGAGGAAAAGAGUGCAGUUAACAUUGCUCCUGGUGCUUCAAUCAACCUUCUUUUGCCAGCUAGUAGUCCGGAAUUAGCAGCGACUACGACAACGACUCAAGGAGACCAUAAGCAUGGAGAAUCAUCAAAGGCCCAGGAUGAUAAGAACCAAUCCCUAGAACAAAAAGACGGCAAUGUUCCAGAAGAGGAAAAACCAAGCUCAGCGGCCCAUCCACCCCACGUCACGAUAAAUUCUCAGGAGCUCGACUCAACUAUAAUCCCAGAUGAUCAGUCAUCUAUAGAUCGAGGGGCAGAAAAACAACUCAUGGAAUCCUUGGAGGUUCAAUCGGCACAGCUGCCUGAAGCUGUCAACGAGCACGAAACCGCGAAUGGUGACGAUCUAGACUCAAAGUCAUCGCUGGUUGGCUGCCGAAAACGGUCCUCUGCAUCAGCUGCAAAUGAUGAAAAUACAGAGGGGAUGAGAGCCAAGAGCAGAAGGACUCGCGCUCGAGAUUCAAAUGUGGAAAAUUUAGUGCAGACCGAUGAGAUCGCCUUCGACCAAACGAAGUACUACGAAGAUCGACUUGAGGUAUACGUUAAUGCGGACGAAUGGUUAUUUGGCACAGUAGGAUCUUUGCUAUCCAAGGUUGGAGUUCAAGAAUUGGGGACAAUUGAUGAGUUGAAAACAACUUAUCCUAUCAAAGAUAGGAAAAACUCCACAGAGUCAACUGCAAGCUCUUCUACAAGCACUGAGGCCGUGCUAUUUCAAGAUCUUAGGAACGCUGUCAGUAGUUGGGAUGAAGGAAAGGCCCAGGCUAUGCUGCAAGGUGACAAUUUCUCGACACUCCAAGACCUUCGGGGUAUGAGCAAAUCUGGGUUAGCUAUUUUCCUAGAGCACUCAAAAAAAUCAACUCGGAAACUGGGCAUCGACAAAACCCUUUCCGGGGGCGAGGAAUUGUUCAUGCUUCAGAAAUCUGUCAAUGAUGGAUGGUUCCACAUGCAUGAAGUGGUUUUUGCCUGGCUUAGGGGUCUCCUGAUGUCAGAGUAUGGAAAGCAUUUCAUGGAUGGUGUUGCGCUUGACGAAACCAGCUGGCCUGUCACGAAGUCGACAUAUGUCACAUUGCAAUGGCCAGAUGCAUUGAAAGAGACAGUAGUACAGGUUCUGCUGCGGGAAGACGAACAUAUCUAUAAUCAGAUGUGUGAACAAGUCACAAGUCUUGAACGUCGGGUGCUUUCCCAUGAUCCUGAUAGUUCAUUUGAAUACACACUGUGUGAUUAUUCGGGCUUAGAGAUGAUACAAGCGAUCUUUGAACUUCACCUUGAUGUAUACGCCCUUAUCAACAACCCCAACAGCGAGAUUGACCGAGCGACAAGAGUUUUGCAGUGGGAUCGUCUAGAGAGAUGGAGUAUGCUAGCACGAACGUCGUUGAACCAUUUUAUAGAUCAUGGCCCUGCAGCAGGGUGUCAAAACAACCUUGCCCUCCGGCAUCUAUGGGCAUCUACUUUCCACUCGAAUAUGGCUGCAGAUGUCCAGCGAGAACACAUACUGCUUUGUCUUCAAGAUCUCAAACACGUUCUCAGCCGCCUCGACAAUCCAGCAGUGACCUUAAUAAACAAUGCCAUCAUGCCUGAAUUGUCAGCUGGGGCUAUUGACCAAGAGAUCUCGAAAUUGAAAUCAAUGGAUUUCUUUUUGAAAAUCUUCAGUCCCGAAUCCAAAGACCCUGUGGAUCUCAUUGAAACAAUCGAGCCAAUUCUUGAGCCUUCGUCUGUUGAAUAUAUCGAAGAACCAUCGACUGAGCAUGCUUCCACUCGUUCAGAAUCCCAAGUUCACGAAAUGGGUUCCUUCUUGGAUCAGGGAGACGCUACGUUGCGUCUCUUCUUGUGGCGAAGACUUUUGGAUGCAUACAAGGCAAUUGACUAUCAACCCAAAGUCGUCUCUUGCUAUCUCCGAAUUAUAGAAGCUAUAGUAAAAGAACUCUGGAGUGCGUCUCAUCUCGAAGAAACGGCUGAACAUCGCCAAGCCGCAAUGCUCCGGUGGCUGAAGUCGGUGGAUGGUAUUUUGAGCAAAGUCGUGCCACUUGUUCUAAGCGAAUCUGACAAGGCAUACGAUUGUUUUGACCUAGAUCAUUUGAAGUCCUCGAUGUCUGCAGUUGCUCUAUUAUCAAAGCUUCUUCAUAGUUUUGCGCUGUUUGAGGACUCCAUUCGUGUUGGUCAAAUCCCUGGUCCUGAGCUCCGUAUCCUGAUGGCAAGAUCGCUAGAAUCAUUCAAAGAAAAAUUGCGCGAUGCGCAGGUCCGCUGCUGGAUUUUGCAGUUUACUCUUUUCAGAGAAGCCAUCUCGCAGAACAGGGAACUUUUUGAUACUCCACUUGAAGACCGCAUCCAAUAUCUACGCUCUGUGCAUAAUGCUUUGGGUGUUCGAUCAAUGUGCAGACGAUCUCAGAGGCAGUUUCUCAAGCUUAUGAAGUCUGAAUUGCUUGAUCUGGAAGACAAAGAAGACUACGAGCCGGAUAUCUGCCAAGUUCUAUAUGACCUUCAUGGUAUCAAACUGGCUCCUGCUGGUGGCCUAGCUGAGCAUGGCACCUGGGCGGAGAAAUUAGAUCGUCCUACAGCCGUCAUGAUGAUCGAUUUAAUCAUGUGUCAGGCGAAGAAAUUAAGCAUCAAAGACCUAUCGAAAUCGGAGUUGAAAUCCACGGUUGAUAGGAUGCAACAUGCGAUCGGCACGACAAAAUCAUCUCCUCCACUUUCUUUCAACAAGCGCAUCAUAUCGACUUAUUUGAAGUCGCCAAUAAACCCGUCAAAUCUUGUUCGUGCUGUUCGAGGAGUGGAAGACCUUCCACUGAUACCUUUGCCCACCGAAAAUGCUGAAAUUGCCCAGAAAGGGUGGUAUUUCCUGCUUGGCCAUGCUUCUUUGACAAAGUUCCGUUCUCAAAAGCGUCUUAACCCUCUUCCAACCACUGAUCUUGAUGAAGCCAUCACUUACUUCCGGCAGGAUCUGGAGCAUGGAACAGGAAGAUGGGAGUCUUGGUAUCGGCUCGCACAGACCUAUGACUCGAAGCUGGAGGAAGACAUCACAUGGAAUGCAGACAAAAUCAACAACAAUCGCACAGAGCUGGUUGUAUGGCAACGAAAUGCAAUCCACUGCUACGCCAUGGCUGUCUCAACAGCAAUCAGAACUGCAGAGCCAACACUCGAAACCAGGGAGCUUAUGUCUGAUCUCUACACCGAUUUCGGAAACCGUCUAUACACGUCUUCACGAGAGCCGUUUUCUAUGGGAGCGUUCAGUCUUGUCGACUUUGCUCGUCAUUACAGCAACGAGGAGAGCCAGGAGAUGUACAAGGGGCAGCCCUUCAGGGAAAUGAAACUGUAUUCUGUCUGGAGCUUCGCGAGCCAUCUCCUUAAGCGGGCAAUCGUUGACAAACCCAAGAAUUGGAUGAACCAUUACAUGCUGUGCAAAUGCCUUUGGAAGAUGUUCAGCUGUGAUGAGAGCGUGAGAGGAAGCGCGAAGCGUAUUAGUAUUGAUGAUGUCCUGGAUGCUCUGCUUGAUUCCAUCGACACGCUUCCUCAGCGCAAAGAUUCGCGUUCGGAUCCUAUCUUCGAACCUCACUACAAGCUUGUAUCGAUUAUCCACAAGCUUGUCCACCGGGAUACGCUAACGCCCGCUGAAGGGAGCAAGACUCUCCUGGCAACACCUUGGGCUCGAAAAGUCCAGCCUCCUGAGGACAAGGCUGGAUGGCAGUCUUAUAUACUUGAGGUUCUUCGCAAGCUGAAGAAUGGCGACAAAUCCAACUGGCACCAUCGCAUGGCUUCUAGGGCUGCCCAUAUCAUCUACGAUGACAAAAAGGAUGCGUCGGUUGCCGCAACGGCCAAGAAUGAGCUUACGCAGCAGAUAUUCACGAAGACCAUGACUAUUCAAGUCUGGAAACCUGAAUAUGAGCGUCCUGGUAGGCACUUCGUGUACACUACACGAUAUGUUUACUUCUUCGUUGGUCUGCUUGAUCAACUUGAUGACCGUGCAAACCUUGAUCAGCUGCUACGGCGAGUGAGAAAGAAGCAGGGCGACUUCAUCAAUCACACCAAACUCUGGGAGGAUAUAUGUCUCACCUACGCAAAGGUCAUCAGGAGAGCCGGCAGCAUCACCGAAGGACAUGAAGAAAGUGUGUUCCGACCACUCGGCUGGGAAGAAUUCGUUGCAAACACAGCUCGUCUCGAAAACCUGCCCGAGCUAGCUCCGCAAAGCUCGACUCUUCUAGAACUCCUACGCGAAGCCGUCGAGCUUAAAAAGCUAAACAACAAUCUCAUGAAAGUUGCCCUCCUCGAAGACCUCAUCGCCGACCUCUAUUCCCGGCUCUACGAGAUCAACGCACCCCAACUGAUGGAGGUAGCCAAUGAAGAAAACAAGGAAAAGAUGAAAGUCGACCAUCUCCUCAUGGCCAACGACGGAGCCGCCGACACCGCCAUCACACCCCCAACCUCCGCGCCCCCGUCGGAAGCACCUGCUCCUCGCGGCCGCACAAAGGGCAUCGCCCGAAGGGACAUCCAAAAACGCGCCGAAACAAUCGUCACCCGAAAACUCACUGUACGCGCGCUGACAACAAAGACAACAGCCCCCGCAGACGGCGAACCAUCGCAACCAUCCACUACGGCCGUAACAUCCGCGCCCCACCCCGCUAAGGAAAACCUUCUCCGGGGAGGAGUCGAAGAUCCAACCUCGGGCCAGCAGAGUGAUAUCCCGAAUAGCCUUCACGACAGUGCCGAUGAUGAGAGCGAGCUGAGUGAAAUCGAUGAUGAGAAGCUGUCCAAACUCGCUGCUGAACGGAAGGCAUUGAUGUUUCCUAAUCUAAACGGGAGUCCGGGAUCAGGAAUGUCUGCCGCGGCUAGCGCUGAUGGGGAAGGAGGGGAUGAAGCUGAAGGGGAAGGGCAGGGUGAUGAAGACAGAGAAGGGGAAAUUGAUGUUGGUGAAGGAGAGGGCGAAACUGUGAUGGAAGACGAAGGCGAAGAAGGCGAAGGGGAGGAAGGGGACAUGGAAGUGGAAGAAGGAGAUGAAAUUGAUGAUGAGGGUGAACACGAAGGACAUGGAGAAGAGGGCGACGAGGAAGGAGAGGGUGAGGUGGAAAUGGAGGAUUUCAAAGAAGGCGAAGAAACCGAGCAGCCGGAGGCCAAUGGAACUGCACAGGAAAGUGAAAUUGUCGGUGAUCCCGAUCCAAUGGAAACUUAG